AGGUCCAGCCGCGGGACGAGCGGUGCCGGACGGUGCCCGAGGUCGCGGCCGCCUUCGCUCCCCACUCCUGACAGAACCGCGCCGGGCGCGAGCUCCUCGCUGAGGUACGCACAGGGCGCGCGCCGCCGCCCCGCCCACGAAGGCGACCGUUACGGGCUCCCCGCGGCCGGCGCCCCUCGGCGGCUCGGCCGGACCCGGCCCAGCCCAGGGCGGCUCCCUCAGGCCUGGCCCGCCACCCCCCCCCGCCGCGCCGCUCGGCGCGCUCUUUCCGCCCGCGGCCCCACCUGCUGCGGAGCCGCCCCGCCGCGAUGCUGCCGCCCAGGAGGCAGCGGGCCGCCUUGGCGGGGUGCCGCGGAGGGCCUGGGGCGCGGCUGUCAUAAAGUGCCGGGGCGGGGCGGUGGGGGCAGGUGGCACUGCGGUAGCGGUAGCGGGCGGCCGACCUAAUGCGGCACAGGAGAACGGUGGCUGCGGCGGCGUCGGGCGGGAGCGGCUCCUCCCUUUACUCCUCGUCGCCGCCGGCUCCUGAGCGAGCCUCCCGGUCCGGCAGCGGGGUCGGGCCCGGCAUGGAGUUCCCGGGGGAGCUGGCUGAGAUGCCCAGACAGUUCCCAAAGCUGAACAUAUCUGAAGAUGAUGUGCAAGUGCGACUUCAAGCAGAGAAGGUAUUUGCUACAGUUCUCCGAGAAGAAGACAGCAAAGAUGCCUUGUCACUAUUCACUGUACCUGAAGACUGCCCUAUUGGGCAGACAGAGGCCAAGGAAAGGGAACUUCAGAAGGAACUGGCAGAACAACAGUCUGUGGAAACAGCAAAAAGGAAGAAAAGUUUCAAGAUGAUUCGAUCUCAGUCUUUGUCAUUGCAAAUUCCAUCUCAGGAAUGGAAAGCACCAUCAGCCAUUCCUACUGUGUCUCCUACAACACCAGUUCUUCAAAGUGCUUUCCUGCCAGUCCAGGUGCCAUAUGAUGUACCGGAGUUUCAGAGAGUUUCAAUUAGCGGGGACUACUGUGCAGGGGUUACAGUUGAUGAUUAUGAGCAAGCUGCCAAGAGGCUGGUGAAAGCUCUUCUCAUUCGAGAAAAGUAUUCACGCCUUGCAUACCAUCGCUUCCCAAGAACGACAUCCCAGUAUCUGUGUAGCAUGCAACAUGAAAAAUGGAAGGUUGAAGAUGAAGUAUGUCCAUAUUUUCAUUCACCCCCAGAAGAAAAUGAAGAUCCUUACAAUCUUGAUGAUGCUCCAGACAAUUUGGAUUAUGUUGUCAAGAUAAAAGGUGGCAUUCCGUUUGUUUAUGAUAACAAAGAAAUGAUGGAGCUCAAUGAGCCUCGGAGUCUGCCCUAUCCUGACCUGGAGACCUAUACCCUUGACUUGAGCCACGUUCUUGCUCUAAUUGCAGAUGGUCCAACAAAGACAUACUGCCAUCGCCGGCUGAACUUUUUAGAAUCUAAAUUUAGUUUGCACGAGAUGUUAAACGAAAUGUCUGAGUUUAAAGAACUGAAGAGUAAUCCCCAUCGGGACUUUUAUAAUGUGAGGAAGGUUGAUACUCAUAUCCAUGCUGCUGCUUGCAUGAACCAGAAACACUUACUGAGGUUUAUUAAGCACACGUAUCAAACGGAGUCAGACAGGAUUGUUGCAGAGAAAAAAGGCAAGAAGAUGACCUUAAAGCAGGUCUUUGAAAGCCUUCACAUGGAUCCAUAUGACCUCACUGUGGACUCUUUAGAUGUCCAUGCAGGUCGUCAAACGUUUCAUCGAUUUGACAAAUUCAAUUCCAAGUACAAUCCAGUUGGUGCCAGUGAGCUGAGGGACUUGUAUUUGAAAACUGAGAACUACAUUGGUGGUGAAUAUUUUGCUCGUAUGGUCAAGGAAGUAGCCCUUGAACUAGAAGAAAGUAAGUACCAGUAUACAGAACCCCGAUUAUCCAUCUAUGGACGCUCUCCAGAUGAAUGGCAGAACUUGGCAAAAUGGUUCAUUAAACAUAAAGUCUAUUCCCCUAACAUGCGCUGGAUAAUUCAGGUUCCCAGAAUCUAUGAUAUAUUUAGGUCAAAGAAUAUUCUGCCAAAUUUUGGAAAGAUGUUAGAGAAUGUUUUUGUGCCUUUGUUUGAAGCAACAAUCAAUCCCAAAGACCACAAAGAAUUACAUCUUUUCCUCAAAUAUGUGACUGGCUUUGACAGUGUUGAUGAUGAAUCCAAACACAGUGGCCAUAUGUUCUCUGAAAAAAGCCUUAACCCAGACCUCUGGACCAGCGAGAAGAAUCCCCCGUAUAGCUAUUAUUUGUAUUACAUGUAUGUCAACAUCAUGUUGCUAAACAACCUUAGGCAGGAAAGAGGCAUGUGUACUUUCUUGUUUCGACCUCACUGUGGAGAAGCUGGGUCUAUCACACAUCUUGUGUCAGCCUUUCUGACAGCAGACAACAUUUCUCAUGGACUGCUCUUGAAGAAGAGUCCUGUCCUGCAGUAUCUUUAUUAUCUUGCACAAAUACCCAUUGCCAUGUCUCCACUUAGUAACAAUAGCCUAUUCCUGGAGUACUCAAAAAAUCCACUACGGGAAUUUCUCCAUAAGGGACUUCACGUCUCUCUCUCUACAGACGAUCCUAUGCAAUUUCAUUACACAAAGGAAGCACUCAUGGAAGAAUAUGCUAUUGCAGCCCAGGUGUGGAAACUAAGUACCUGUGACUUAUGUGAGAUAGCAAGAAACAGCGUGCUACAGAGUGGAUUGUCAGAUAAGGAAAAACAGAAAUUCUUAGGGGUUAACUACUGUAAAGAAGGGCCAGAGGGAAAUGACAUUCGUAAGACGAAUGUUGCACAGAUCCGGAUGGCCUUCAGAUACGAGACGCUGUGCAAUGAACUUAGUUUCCUGUCUGAUGCUAUGAGAACAGAUGAGAUUUCGACGUUGUCAAAGUAGUCACAAACUCAAACCACAGCAUUUCACUCCCAAGAAGACUGAGAUGCUAAUUAGUAUCGAAUCAUCUGUUGUUGACGCUACCAAGAAAUAAUUGAACAGUAUGGAGAAAAACAGAGUAUCUAUGGGAGGUAAACAGCAUUUGCUGUUAUCUUCUACUGAGUUAUUCUCAUUGCAAAAAUGUCGGUUUCUACAAACAGUAGGCUUUGUGAGACCGCUGUAAAUAUUAUAUGCAAACUGAGAAUCAUGUAUUAUUUGUUUCAUAGUGUCUUAAAUGUGCACUGUAUUGUAGCUUGCAAAACUAUAGAGAUUAUUCAUAAUGCGUCUGUGAGAUGCAUUUUAGGAUACUGCAGAUGCUGAAAGAACACACACACCUGUUUUUGUCCUGCUAGUCUCAUAGCAAUCAUGGUAUUUACCACUUGGAAGUUUAACUCUUUAUUCACUAGCAGAGUGUAUAGGGUGUGUAAUUUUGAGUCUGCCCUCUCAUUCUGAACGGUGUCCUGACACGAUUUUUACCUUAACGUUUCAGCAGUUAAACUGGAAAACAAGGAAACUCAAAAUACAGUAGUCGCAUUUAAUGACCACUUAAUUACUUCCUGUUGUCAUGUAGGAUGGCUUCAAAUAACAGCAUACUAAAGGUUUUUAACCUUAAUAUGUAGAAAUCACGAUGUCAAAAUCAUCACUAUUGUACACUGUAAUAACAAGUGUAAUUACGUUAUGAAAGCUCUGCACUGUAGGCGAAGAACAUGUUUUUUAUUGCUUUUUAAUCAGAGUAUGUCGGUAUGCCAAUUCAAAUUACUUGGAAACUUAUGCAGAUAAUUCUGGUUGCAUGUAAAGAGAAAUUUUUUACUUGAACAAAGGAAGUGUUCUUAUGAAUCAGCAGUAGAAACUCCAGACCUGGGUUCUGGUCCUACUUCUGAUGUCUUUUUACAAAUUUGUGUUAGUCUGUAUUUUAGUCAGUUACAGAGAUGAAUGAGAAGUCACAAACUGUCUAUUUAUACAGAAGCUAGCCCACCUGAAAUAGGUAAUUUUUAGUUACUUUUUACUUUUUAUUUAUGAUGGAACAGAUAGUAAAAUAUAGCAACUGCAGUAUUUUUCACUGUACAUCCUUUUUUACCCCCCAAUCUGAAUACCCUUCUGAAGACAAAGUAUUACUUCACUCAGAAAGGAGUAAAGGUAAUAAAUAUCACUUGACAGUACCCUCAUAUUGUAGAAACUGUAGGUAGCUUCAUGCAAAAAAAGAAAAAGACUUGAAGGAUUAUGGACAAGCAGAGAGAGAGUGCCAAUGCCUGUAAGUCCAAAACUGAACUAAUCUGAAGGCCUACAGUCCCUAAGAUAGGAUGGUGAGCUUACAGUUAGAGACCUGCAGAGGACAAACACUCUCCUCAGGCUGUAGGAGUUGAAAGCAGUACCUUCAAGGACAGUUAUUUCUAACAUACCUUCUGUCCUGAAUGGUGAUUGCAUGAAGAAUUCCCUAUUAUCACCUACAGCUGUGCAGCCAUGGAAGAGCCCCAUAAGAAAUUAACCUGAAAAAAGACCUUAGGAAAUAGCAUGGAAAUAGGGCUUCUACAGGGAGCCCUGGAGUGCAGGAACAGACUGCUGGCCAUGCAGGGAGUUGCAGUGCUCACAAGGCUAGAAGAGGAAUUCUGAUACAAAACAAGGUUGCAGACAGAUGGUGGGAGACUUGCUUUCAGCUCUUCAGCCAUCUAGCUUCAUGUCUGCAGUGUUCAACUAGUGCCAUUUUUGACAUUCCUAGUGCAGCUAGAAAUCCUGUGAACCAGUGCUAUACUGCUCAGUUGUGUAACAUAAAGUGGUUCUAAGGUCAUAGUCUACAACACCUAUUGCCCUCACUGCUAGAGAUUUUAGCAGCUCACAGAAUGCAUUAUCAGGAUCUGAGAGUAUAAUUUUCUUCCAACGGCCUGAAAACAGUGGUUCCAACCUUUCGACUACGUACAAUGGGGAAAUGUUCUCUUCACUAGUGCAGCUUCCUAAUAAAUUUCUAUAAACAGUGUUAUUUACCUCAGCACCUCUAUCCAGUCUGAGUAAGUAACAUGCUUUUGAUAAUUUUACUUUUAAGUAUUUUUGAUCUCAUAACCAUUGCUUUACUUGGGCCGUUUCACCUGUGGAUUGCCAUUAGUGUGUCUUUGUUUGUCAUUUAUAUUUCCUAGGGUUUUUUUUUUACAUUAUACCAAACUACUGUAUGUUUAAUACCUUUUCAACUUCCCUUACCUCAAAACAUCGAGUUCUAACAUGUUGGUAGCUCUCUCAAAAAACACAAACAACCAAAACAACCCCAACACCCCAAAAACAAACAAUAAAGCAAAACCCAAAUUAAUCAAACAGAACAGUUUAAAUCUUUGUUAUUAGAAGAGCGUAAUCUGGGUUUUAACAACAAUAACGCUACCAGACAAGUGACCAUUAGCACAGAUUCUCUUUUCAGUGCAUCCCUUGUUGCUGCUUUUAACAAAACGUUGAGCUAAGUGUUAUAUUUAGGGAAACAGAGCCAUAUCCUUCCAAGCUUCCACUGCUACAUCUCGUUUUGGGUCAUCUUUUAAUUAUGCAAAUGUUACUGAUUCUCAGGGUCAGUUCUGGAACUUGAGCUUUUUUAAGUUGCAGUUUUGUUCUAAUGACUAUUUCAAACAACUUUGCAGUCGCAGGAUAUACAUGUAAGGACAGAUCCAGUGUUGAAGUGUUACUGUCAUCUGAAUUAACUGUUGUACACGUUUACUCAAGUGCAAGAUUGGGCAAAUUGCUGUUCUUAUAUACCCCAGACCAUAUCAAGAUCUGACUGGGUUACGUCACAGUUUGUUUUGCUUACAUAGAAAAAAGAAGGGGACUAUAGAAGAGCAUCGCUGAAGGUGGUGAUUUGGUGGUGGCUGGGAGGAAUGCUUCAGGAUGGCAGAGAAUCCUAUUUCCUCAUCAUUUCACCAGUGUUAAUAUUCAAAUGUUAUUCAGGACUUCCUUAAAUCUAGUAGCUCAGACAUUUUACACGUCCAGCUAAAAUGGUUAAUUAUGGAUUCUUGAUAUUUAAAACAUAUCAAUUUGAGCCAUUUCUAGAGAUGCUCUUCCAUUUUCUCACGGUACUGCAGCAAACUUAAGUCACUUACUCUGCUACUGGGUAACACAGAUUGUUCUUCACACCAGACCUAUCUUACCUUCUCAUAUACAACACUGUUCUUUACUUGUGGCUAAACCUUUCUACUCUAGUUGCCUAGUUAACAUAUCAACCUGAAAAAAGGUGGAGAGGGAUGUCUGUAAAAAAUGCUUUUUCCUCUGUGCCUAGGUUAAAUGUUUCUCUUUUGCUCUUGUGGAAGCAUAAAACAUUACACAAAUAAAUGAUAAAGAAUAUAUUAGGA